GUAUUCACGGUUUAAAGAUGUGCGAUUUGGAUGUACCUGGUGCUGUAAUUGCAGGUAAAUCCGUAUGGCUUAGGUGCGGUUACGACUUAGAAGAAGACGAGUUAUAUUCGGUAAAGUGGUACAAGAAUAAUGUGGAGUUUUAUCGUUAUCUUCCAAGUGACGUUCCGCCAGGUCAGAAGUACGAUCUCCUGGGAGUUUACGUUGACCUGUCUCAGUCCAACGAGACUCAUGUAUACUUGUAUAAGACGGACCUCAACACGGAGGGAUCGUAUGGUUGUGAAGUUUCGACAGAAGCUCCUUCUUUUCGUACAGUAAAAGCAGACAGAGACCUCAGGGUGUACGAAUCUAAUGAUCUAUACCAUAUUAUCUCCAUCUCAAAUACAUUAUUAUUCGCAGUAUCCCAUACCGCUCCGGGUCAACACGGGCCAAACAUUAAGGGAAACCUUCCAUGGUACGAUGUGGGUGACAUCGUAGACGUAAACUGCAGCACAGUUUAUCCCGCCGAAUUGACGUGGUACGUUAAUGACUACGAGGCUCAACCGGACUACGUGAUCAAAUAUCCUGUCAGAAAAAAGCCCAAUGAACCCGACAUGUCAGUUUUGGGACUAAAAAUGAGAAUAGAACAUUAUCAUUUUAGGAGUGAUGAAUUGAGGCUCAAGUGUACGGCCACUCAAUACAAAAUGAUCACUUCUAGCAGCGAAAAGAUAUUAAGGAGCGGAAACCAGCAAAACAGUGGGUUUCACGCCAUUGAAAAUACUGGCUCAGGCAGUUACUACCGACAUAUCAGGUGGUGGGCACUACAAACUCUAGUUAUGACCAUGAUAAAACUGUCCAGUUCAGUGUACCACUGA